AUGAGUCAACUUGGUGGUCCUGGUUCUCGUCAGGCCAAUGCCAAGCCCAUACCGCCUCAACGUGGCAGUUUUCCACUUGACCAUGACGGCGAAUGCAAGCAUGUCAUAGCUACCUAUCUUGAGUGCAUCAAGAAAGUACGAGGAGUAAACGACUCUGAAUGUCGUGACCUUGCUAAAUCCUACCUCGCAUGUCGAAUGGAUCGAAAUCUCAUGGCCAAGGAUGAGUUUAAAAACCUAGGCUUUGACAAUGGACCAAAACCCGCAAACGACCCAAACGGUCUGGCUUUAGGCCAAGGUCAAGCCCAGGGAAGUGGUAACAAGGACAAGGACGCAAAGCCCGGCGAAUUGCGAUGGUAA